GCAUGUUGGCCAGAAACUCAUGGGGCUCUGCCGGUUUGCUGGCGAUUAUGAGAGCCCACUCGCGAUACGAACCGUGCGACAUUCUGCGCAAGGUAGGCAUACCAUGCCUGGUCUACUUUGAAGACGCGAUUGCAGCACACGGCGUUCCUACGGCACUCUUCAACCUCUACCUCUUGGUUCCUGACCUUGCGGUUGCCGAGGACGCGCUUGCCGCCGCGGGAUGGACCACGGCGCCGCCUUUUUGACCGCGGCUACCAUUUUUUGAAUGCACCGACAUGUAUGCCAUACCGACGAUUGGUACCCCCGACUCGCCCAAUCCCUCCGUCGCAAGACGCGUCCCCUGGAUCAACAACGACGGUUCUGCUUCCGGCCGUUUGUUGGGGCGUGCCCAACACUGACGCACUCUGCCGCGCAUCAGCAGAGAGCCUAGUCCCUCUGCUGCCUCUCCUUCUCGACGGCUUGAUCAAAACGCUUCUUGAUCUACCUUCCUUCGACAGUCCUGUCCAUGAUCACUUGGCCACACAGAUAUCGUAUCUCUACGCACACUGCGACCCGCUCAAUGACCAAGACUUCGCGGACGGGUUGAUGUUGGAGCACCGCCAGUUCCACUACGACGCUCUUUCAAAGCUGGGUCUGGGGACAGUGCCUUUCUCCAGCGAGCACCGUCGGAUCAGGGAUGACAUUAGGAGCGUGAGGCGUGAGCCGCGGAGGGGCUCGUGGUACAUGCCUCCUGCUCGCCACGGAUAGUGGCUGGAUGACCCUUCUCCCUGGAGACUCGAGUUGUCGGGUGGUGCAAACUCACUGUGGGCUGGAUCUGGUGCAGUGACGUGCCUCAAUCUAGCUCCGAAAUCGACCAACUGAGCGGUAACCAAACAGGCCGGUUGUCAUGGU